AGUUUUUCAAAUCAAAGCUCAAAAUCAACAAAAUGAAAAAUAAAAAAAAUAAAAUAAAAUUCACCCAAUAUUUACAUAACUACGAUGGGAGGAGGAAGACUCCAAAUCUGAGUUUUGCUGCUUUGUGCUUCUGUCUGUGCUGAAGGAAAUGAAACGUUAUUUGUUCUGCAUUGUGAUGGUAACCCAUUGUCUGUUGCCAUACCAAUGUCUUGCCCCUCCAAAGACCAUUUGGUUGCAUGAACAAGACCUUACACACCCACACCUCUAAGUCACCUAUGCACACCACCCGUGUACAAAUAAACCAUCUGUCUUGUCUAUGUGUAGGAGAUCAUGGAGAUAUAAGGAAAUCACAUGGUUAAGGGCACACACCUUACAGAUCAUGGCAAGGUUACUGAGUUGAGUAAGCUUCUUAUUAGUAUUCUAAACAUUGUAUGAAUUAGGUUUUUGGUUGUUUUGGUGUUUGUUUGUUUUUCUCAUUAAACAGGCUAAAGACAAACAGAAGCAAUCAUCUGAUCUGGAACACUGUCUUUCAACCAUUAAGGCCAUAGAUUACGGCGCAUAUGAUUUUUGCUGCUUCAAGGUAUCAAAAUACUCAGUACACUGUACCAAGGAAGCUAUCAAUUAAACUCUUCAGGAUGAAAAUAAGACAAAAGUUUUCUCCCCAAGUGAACAUUUUUCAGUAAAUUAAUCUGGAUACGAAUCCCAUCUGCAAAAUUGAAGGAUAAGCAGAGAAUAAAUCUUGGCAUGAAUUUAUAAAGGCUCAACAAACUGAGCAGAAAGAUGUCAACGGCCGACUGCAAGUGAAAAAGGAAGAAGCAGUGUGGGAACUUUUCACAAGUGAAUGCACUUACUUUCUGGAUCAUUUGCUGGUUCUCAAGAUGGUAUUUAUGAACACUCUAAAAUACCUCCAGAGUCAUGAAUUUCUCUUGGACGUGGACUUAUGGAGACUUUUUGCAAACUUGGAGGAGUUAAAUAAGAUAAGUCUCAGCUUUGUGGAAAAUUUUUUUGAAACAGUGAAAGAACGUGUCAGUGAGUCGGGAUCAGCUAUGAACUUCAUCUCCGUACUCGGAAAGUUUUUCCAGGGUGACCUCUGCCAGACACACCAGAUUUAUUGCCUCAAUUAUACCUCCGCUGUCUUCUACUUGGAAAAGCUGAGACAGAGAGAAGAUUUUGGCAUCUACCUCAAGUGGUGUGAGCAGAAGGAGCAGUGCAGGAGGCUGCACCUGCCAGAGCUGCUGGUGGCUCCUCUGCACCGCCUGACCCGCUACCCCCUCCUCCUGAACAACAUCUGGAAGAGGAGCACGGACAAAACAGAGAAAGACUCUAUCUGGUCACUUAAAGAGAAGGUGGAAAAGUCCAUACGGGAUCUGGAAGGUAAAGUCAAGUGGUUGGACAACUUUCAGAAAUUCAGGCAGCUCCAUGAGGUCAUAAUUUGGCCUCAAGUGUGGGAUCGUGACAAGAGAUUCUUUGUCCCAGAGUGUUUGAAACAAAGCUUGAGAGAGAACAGCACUGAAAAUAUUUUGUGUUCAGCAAGCAGACGACUUCUUCAUGACGGGAAGCUGACACUGGCAGAAAACACAAGACUUCUUGAUGUCUACCUCUUCCUAUUUGAUGAUUUCCUAUUAAUCACCAAAAUUAAACGUAACAAAAAGAAAUACGGGGGCUCAGACACAGGCUUAACCCUUGUCUGUCCUUCCCUUGCUCUGGAGCUGCAGUCAGUUGUAAGAGAAGGUGGGUUUUGCCAAGUCCUGGACCAACCCAUCCCACUGGACAGAUUAAUACUGAAAAAUGUUGACCCCAUCCAUGUAACAGGUCUCAGCCUGCGAAAUGCUUUUCUAAUACAGCAUGAAAAUAGGUAUCAGCAGUGCAUAGCGGUCUUCCUGCUACAAGCACCAACAGAUUCUGCUAAGAAAACAUGGAUGUCACAGAUAGAAAGAGCAAUCUCCAAUUACAUGAAGCAACAUGGAACCAAGGAAAGCACACAGCUCUGCUCCCCAGCUGAAUCCUCUGAAAUUUAAUAAUGCCAGCACAGCUUUGACAGAUGCAACAGAAGACUGCUGUGGUAAUAGCACCAUUAUUUCUUCCAGUGUGCACUAACCUACUGAAACUAAAAGUCUUCUGACUCAACUAAAUAGAAGUGAUGAGUUUUUGAUCACAGGAUGCGGGAAUAAAUUGGAGGGGAGAAUGAGCCACACAACAAAUACAUCACUCUCAGAUGCCUCUUUGCUUCAGAUUGGGGAAGGUUCUUCCCAGCAAGGAAAGUGUUAAUAUGACCUAGAAAGCAGGACAAGGAAAACACCUAUGUCGGUGAUGAGGACUCACUCUCUUCACACUACUCUCACCUGUUAUUUGCUCUCACCAAAACUGAACUCCAAAUGCUGCACUAUUUCUUCCCUUUUCAACUUCCCUUUAAAAAAUUGAACUUCUGCAUUAAACUAUUCAAUACAUCACUGCAGUUCUGUGAUCCAUAAAGUACGCACUUACUAAUCACAUCUUUUUUUUUAAGAUACAUGAAUUGAACCACAGAUCAGUUUGCAUCUGCUCACCACAACACAUUCACAGGUUACCAUUGAGGAAAGGAGGCUGCUCUCACCAGGCUACACUUGGCUAAGUGCAAGAAAUUAGCCAUAGUCAAGAGAGGAAGGCAGACUCCCUAGAGCCACUCUAAAUGAUCCUGCCAUAUCUCCCACUUGCUGUGCCCAACCAGAUAAUCUCCCUAAACAGGGAAGUUAACUCUUAAACACUUCUAGGGCCAAAAAUGAUUCCAGGGGGAACUAAAUAGGGAAACUACAAAGAUGAGGCCCAGACUGAAAAAUUUAGGAGUGCCCUUCCAAUUGUUCGUGUUAUUCGUGGUUAAAUUAGCACACCUCCUUACCUCUGCUCUAACAUCAAGUCAAAGUCAUGAGCUCAGACACUGCCUCUAAUCCAGCUUCACCCACAUGGUGGUCUGCUUUAUCCACCUGAACUUGUUCACACCUAUACAUAGAGAUUCCAGACCGGAGGUUGUAUACAGACUUACCUGGUUCACCAUUGCACAGAUGCAGUACGUGUUCUUGCUCCUCCCCUUUAUACUCAUGAUAGAAGUUUCUGCCACAGCUUAACAAGAAAAGAGCAGCUAUCCAGGCUUCACACCAAAUGGUGAACACGGAGGACACAGCAAAUCUACUCCAGGAUGCCAUGUAUGCUGCAAACACUUAUCCACAGCUUGGCUUCAACAGCUGUGCUCACUGAUCCCACUGAUCCCAUACUCAGCUGCACCUGGUCACACCCUCACAUCCCUGCUGCCUCCCCAGAACCUCACAGUAUCUUUGCAACCAUUGAUAUUUCCAAAGAAUGAUUUUUAAGCCCAGAGACGUCACACAGAGAAAGCACUGUGCUUUGUGAGCUGUCAGAGGGGGAGUUUUUGCACUUCUGUGUAUUUUUUGCCAGGAAGGCCAUUAGGACAGGUCUGUGUAGUUUACCAAGCAACUAAACAGCACUGGAUACUCAUUUCCUAGAGGUCAGCACGCCUCCAAAGGAGGACAUGCUGGGGGAAGGCAGUACUCACACCCUGACUGAGCUCAGGGAGACAAAUUUAACAGGCUCUUGUGUGGUCUGAAGAGAAAGAUGCCCCAAAAAGCAAUCAAGGCAGAAAUGAACUUCCCAACUCAGAUUGCCUUUCAGAGAAGACCUCUCUCAAACUCUCUAUACUGCCUAAGCAGAGACCGUAGGAAGAUCUGCUUCCAUUUCUAAAUGUAGUAUUUGUGAAUGUUCCACAACUCAGUUGUCACUUUAUCAUGGUACUGAUUGUACAUACACUUAUCACUUGGGUUCUCCCUUUGCUCUUCAUAUGGCUUUUACCCAACAGCUGAACAUGUCCUUAAGCUGAAGACUUAAAACAAGCAUCCCAGCUAAGUCUUCCAGUUAUGUCAAUUGUCAGAUUACAUUGAAUGCAAUGUCUGACUGACAAAAGCCUUGUGAAAUUCCUGUGAAAGGAAAAACUACUCUGAAUUUAGCUUGAUUACAGUCUCCUCAUUAAAGUUUUUGUUGCAGUUGCUCACAAGUCUAAGGAAUUGGAGUGUAUGGCUUGCUCUCAAAUGCGUGGCUUCCCAGCAGUUCAUGUAUACAAUGAUAUAUCCCCCCUUUCCAAGCAGUUUGCUGUCUAAAGCGAAUGAUGGAAAGGUCUAUUAGAAAGGUCUAAUUUUUUUCUUUUAUUGUCGUUCAUCAAUCCUGUAACAGGUUAGAAAACAAAAAUUACAUUUCAAUAACAUUUCAUCAUAGUUUAUACAGAACUGGUUGGUUGAUGCAUGGUGUCAUUUUCUCAUCCAAAUCCACAGCCACCUUUCAAACCGCAGAGAUUAGGAAUUACAGUGCACGCUGGACUAAAUUCUUCCACAAUGUAAGGCACAACUACAUGAUCACAAGUAGUAAACACAAACACUGAAAUAGAACUUAAGAAUUAAACUUCAGUGAAAAAGAAACAAAACUCAAACACACUCAUGCAAAGUUGAUCUACACCUACCAAGAUGGUAUGAUCCAGUUUAAAAGAAGUGCAGUACUCUGUAAGUAAAACUGCAUCAUAAGGCUGUUAUAAUACAUUACCUCUAAAUACUGGGUAAGAACUUAAACCUUUUUCCAUUUAUAUUUUAUACAGUUAUACAGAAAAUAAGUUGAAUCAGCGAUGUUCACAUCCGCAGUAAUAACCUGAUCAUUAAAACUCAGGAAAGAGGCAAACAAGACAAUGCAGUUUGUGGCACGCAUCCAUUACAGAAAUCAUUCAUCAAGUUCACAUCUCAAGUACUGAAGAAAACAAAUAAUUAAUGGUACAUUUGGUGAAUGAGGCCAUCCAUAGCCAAACAACAAUGCUGCACACAAAAUUGUUUUUACUCAGCAGACCAUGAUUAUGAAAGCUUGUGGUUAUGGUUUGCCUCCUGUCCAGCAGCUAGAGUUUGCAACACUAAAACUACAGAAGUUAAAAGAAUACAACAGAGUUUACAGUAACUUGAAACUAUUGGAUACUUCCAAACACAUAA